AUGAGGCGGGUCGAGGUGGUGAAAGGCGGAGAUUUCCGGCGAGAUCUGGACAGAGAAGGCAUUGCCAGAGAGGUAGACGAGCUUGAGGUGCAGCGGGCGAGGGGGGAGAGGGUGUCAUUUAGGUGGUUGUCACGGAGGUCAAUGAGGCGGAGCUGGUCGAGGGAUGCAAAGUCAUCAAUGGGGCAGCAGAGGGCUUAUUUCAACAUACAAACAGAGACAUGGAUGUCGUGCCCCCAUGUCAGCGGACUGACAGCGCUGCUCAAGGCUUUGAGUCUUGCGGCCAUCCAAUCGGCACUCGACUACCGCCUACACAACAGACGGGAGAGACCACCCCAUGAUAUGACAUAUCCACGGGCAAAAAGUCCACACCAUUCGAUCCUGGAGCAGGGCACAUUAACUCCAUAUCCUCCCUCGACCCAGGCCUGGUCGACAACAGUAACAUCAGAAGAAGUUGAGAUGUGGGUGUUUCGUUUGUAA